AUGUCUUCAUGGAUAUGUUAUACAACUUCAAGAAACAAGGAAGAAAUCUCUAUUGUUUGGGAAGUAAAAGAACAUGACAAUGGACUAAAACGUAAACAACAUUUCACACAAAAAAAUAAUAUACUGUCUUCCUUUCUCUCUCUCUCUCUCUCUCUCUCUCUCUCUCUCUCUCUAUCUAUCUAUCUAUUUAUCUCUCUCUUUCACAACAGUUCCUUCGGUUUCAAUAAAAUCAGUAGAUGGACUUUCUUUCUUUUUCGAUUCAUUCUUUUUUCUUUCUUUCAUUUUCAAUUUCUUUUUUUUUUUUUCUUACAUUUUUCUCUUCUUUUCUUUCUUUCUUUUUUUCUUUCUUACAUUUUUUCUUUUCUUUUCUUUCUUUCUUUCUUUUUUCUUUCUUACAUUUUUCUUUUUUUUCUUUCUUUCAUUUUCGAUUUCUUUCUUUUUUCCUUUCUUACAUUCUUCUUUUCUUUUCAUUUUUUCUUUUUUCUUUCUCUCUUCCGAUUUCUAUCUUUGUCUUUCUUUCUCUAA